UUAAAGGAUUUUGUAAAAGAAAAAAUGUCUUCUGCUUCGACCCAGAUCUCACAUAGUGGUCUUUCUUCCCCAUGGAAAACCCUAGAUCGCCGUCAUAGAGCAGCUCCGGCCACCGCGAUGCCGAGUCAUAGCUCCGGCCACCACGAGAAUAUAUUGGCAUACUCUUCAUCGCUUGUUAUUCGUGUUGAUGAAUUGAUUUUCGUAUCUUGAACAGUUCGCUAGUGGAACUCUUUCUCUCUUCAUCAUUGUAAUGUUUAUUCCACUGCAUAUGUGCUCCUUUUCUGGGCAUGGUACUGGCAGUGCUGCUGGCCUUACAGGAAUUAUGGUGGCAAAGCCAACUGAGUUUUCUUAUCAAGAACUAGCCGAGGCUACAAAUAACUUUAGUUUGGAUGAUUAAAUUGGUCAAGGUAGAUUAAAAGCUGUCUAUUAUGCAGAACUUAGAGGCGAGAAAACAGCAAUUAAGAAUAAGAAGACGAAUGUACAAGCUUCAACAGAAUUUCUUUGUGAGUUGAAGGUUAUCAGAAGUAGGAAAGAAUAUAGAUGCAAAUUUGAUCUUUGAUAUUGCACUGAAGCAUACCAACAAGUGCAUGUCGGUUCAGUAAUUCAACUUUCAAUAAAUGUCAAGGAGGUGAUGCAGCGAGUUUUAUUGCAUGGUAAAUCUGCAUUGAACCUGUUUAGAUUUAAUUUUCAUGAUGGCUGAAACAAUCACUAUUGUUAUUGUAAAUUUAUGUUGGAAAAAGAUCUAAAGCUAAAACAUUCUGGUAUUUAUAAAACAAAAUUGACACAUGCUGUCAAAAAGAGACACUAACCACCCAUAACUUGUUUUAUUAGCCUCACUCACUCUUGUUGGGCCAGCUCUGAACUCAUAACAUUCUUAGGUAAUUGUUGAAUCUGGUUUUGGACCUUGAGUUUACUGAAAUUUACUUGUGAUGAAAAAUUUUCACAUCAUGAAUGUUAUAGAAUGCAUACUUGUAAAAUUGAAAAAUAUGGACGCUUCUUAUACUUGGACUUAAACCUCAAAUUUGAAAGUAUAGGAAGCCUUUAAUGGCUCUAAUGUUCGUUUGCAGUUUGUCUAGGCUCUAAUAUUAGUGUACAUUGUUAAGUAAUUGUUGAAUAUGGUUUUGGACAUUGACUUUAACUUAGUCAUUUUCAUAUUCCUUACAUCCUGUCCUUUCAAGCUGCCGUUGCGGACCUCCUUCGCCACUGUUUUCGGCCACUAUGUAGCUUAACGGAAAACAAAGACCAAUCCCGUGUUUCCUCAGGCCGCCCUGGACUUCGUUUUUCACUAGCUCGUAGCUCAACAGCUGCAGUUGCCUAGUAGAUAUUAAAAUGAAUCUGCCACCAUCUCACUCGCGGCAGCGUCCAUCCAAUGCCUCUCCAUCGCCGGUAACUAUCCCCAACGACCUCAUCGUCGAAUUACUCUCCUUACUUCCUGUGAAAUCUGUUAUGCGAAUGAGAUGCGUCAGUAAGUUCUGUAACUCCCUCUAUACUGAUCCUAUCUUUGUUAAAUUACACCUUCACCGAUCUCCACAAGAUCCUCACCUUGCACUUAUCACUAACAGUCCCUCUGAGACAGCCAGACUCGUACCUUUCCCGGUAAACAAUUUACUAGAGAACUCUCCGAUCACCCUUACCGAUGACCCUUCAUACGUUAUCAACAACUAUUUCUACCCAUUGGAACUCAUCCACCAGGUGAUUGGUUCAUGUAAUGGAUUGUUAUGUAUCCUCAGUUAUUCCGAUAUUAAUCCAUUCUUUUGGUUAAGUUUCUGGAAUCCAUCCACGAGAGCAAUGUCUAAACAACUACGGUUUAGUUUCGGUCUUUUUAUUGAUAAGUUUAUUGACCCUACAUUUUUCAAGUUCUCAUUCGGUUAUGAUAAUUCAACCAACAGUUAUAAGAUAGUGAUGUUAACAUUUCACAGUGAGAAAUUAAAGAUAGUUGAGGCAAGAGUUUUCAGUUUGCGUGAUAAUGUUUGGAGAGAAAUUCAAAAUUUCCCGGCAGUUCCUUUUCAGUUGAUAAGAUUUCGCCCUCAGGUGAAUGAAGGAGUGUACUUGAAUGGAACUCUUAAUUGGUUGGCUAUUUUUUAUUUCAAAGUUACUUGUGGUGAAGUGAUUAUUUCGCUUGAUCUGAAAACUGAGACAUACAGGCAGAUACAGGUGCCUUCUGGUUUGGAGGAGAUUCAUUAUGUUUAUUCAACUAUCGGUGUAUUGAUGAACUGUCUCAGUUUUUCGCAUCAUCUUCAUCAAACUCAUUUUGUAAUAUGGCGAAUGAUGGACUUCGGAGUUGAAGAAUCUUGGACUCAGUUCCUAAAAAUUAGCUAUGAAAGUCUUAAUAUCGAUCAUUACUUAAGGGACCACAUAUUUGAUUUGAUACCAUUGUAUCUUUCGGAAAAUGGUGAUUCACUGAUACUGGCUAACAGCUUAGAAGGUCAAGCAAUUCUCUAUAAUAUAAGAGAUAAUACUGCUGAGAGAACUAGAAUUACUAAUAAAAUAUCUUGGUUCUCUGUUAAGAAUUAUGUUAAAAGCUUGGCUUCAAUUUUUUGAAGAUAAGUUUUUCUUUCAUGAACUCAUGUAAGUUGGAUUAUGCAUGUUUGAUUAUUUUCUUUACUAAUACUUUGUCUGAGAUACGAUAUAUAAGUUGGAUACUUGUUCUAUUCUGUUGUUUCAUUCUCCUGACUAACUGUGGUCCUUUUGGAUUUUUAAAUUCCUAUUGCUGUAUUCGAAUAGUUUAUAGAAUAUUUUUUUAUAUUUUGA